AUGCAAGAAGAUUCAGACAUGGCGGACUUCUCGCCCGUGGUGGAACUAAACGUCGGUGGAGUGUUCUACACGACGGCGCUGAGCACGUUGACGCGCGAGGCGGACUCGCUGCUGGCGCACAUGUUCACGGGCAAGCAGCCGCCGCCGCCGAAGGACGCCAAGGGCAAGUACUUCCUGGACCGCGACGGCGUGCUCUUCCGCUACGUGCUCGACUACCUACGCAACCAGGCGCUCGUGCUGCCGGAGAAGUUCUGCGAGAAGGAGCGCUUGCGGCAGGAGGCCGCCUACUUCGGGCUGCCGGGGAUGGCGGACGCCGUGCAGCAGUACAAGGACGGGCUGGCCGCGGCGGACAAGUCGCGCUCGGCGGGCUACAUCACCGUGGGCUACCGCGGCAGCUUCCAGUUCGGGCGCGACGGCCUGGCGGACGUCAAGUUCCGCAAGCUGUCGCGCAUCCUGGUGUGCGGGCGCGUGGCGCUGUGCCGCGACGUCUUCGGCGAGACGCUCAACGAGAGUCGAGACCCGGACCACGGGGUGAGCGACCGCUACACGUCACGCUUCUUCCUCAAGCACUCGUUCAUCGAGCAGGCGUUCGACAUGCUCCAGGAACAGGGCUUCAAGCUGGCGGGCAGCUGCGGCUCGGGCACGGCCGGGGGCGCCACGGCCGACCUCAAGCCCGGCGUCGACUCCGAGGAGAACCGCUGGAACCAUUACAACGAGUUCGUUUUUGUCCGUGAUUAA